GAAGGAAAAAAAAAGGGUUAAUCACCGGAAAACUCUCAGAGAACUCACUGCAAGAACAAUCAAACGAAAAUGGCUGAGACUGCCGUGGUGACUCUAUUAAACAAGAUUGAACAUUUAUUCCGGGAAGAGGGGAAACUGUUGGUGGUGCCUCUCUUAGACAAGGUUGAACAUUUAUUCCCGCAACAGCUGAAACUGUUGGUACGAUUAGGGAAAGAAGUUGAGUUCAUCAAAUCUGAAUUCAUGUCCCUGAAUGCAUUCCUUAGAGAUGCAGAUGUAACGGAAGAGAGUGACUUGGUACUCCAAUUAUGGGUUAAGGAAGUGCGAGAGGUUGCUCUUGACACGGAAGAUGCUAUUGACGAACUUCUGCUCCGGGUGGCGAUCCGUACGGCGUAUCAUCAUCAUCAUCACAGCAACGGCGGUUUUAUUGGAAAGGUAUUUUUCUUUAUCAAGACGUUGAAGUCCCGUCAACGGUUUGCUUUCGAAUUACAGAGCAUCAGAUGUAGAGUCAGGGAGAUUGGUGAGAGACAUCAGAAAUAUCAUCAUCCGAAGUUUAACAUCAUCUCAGGGCAAGGCUCAAGCUCUACCACCGUGGUUAAAAACAAACGGUGCAAUAUACGAGGUGAUGCGCUCUUGCAAGAAGAAGCUGAGCUUGUGGGCAUCGACUGGCCGAAAAGUGAGCUGAUUAGGUGGUUGUUCGAUGAUUAUCAUUCAGAGAAAAAAGUGAUUUCUGUGGUGGGGAUGGGAGGGUUGGGUAAAACCACCCUUGUUAAGAAAGUCUACGAUCAAGCAGUGAGGAAACAUUUCGAGUCGCAGGCCUGGAUCACUGUUUCUCCAUCAUUCAAGAUGAAAGACCUCCUAAUAGACAUGAUUCAACAGCUAAAGGGAUCAGUAGCCCAAGAAAUGGAGAGGAUGAACACUGAAAGGCUGAUGUAUAUCAUCCAUGAAUUCCUGCAGGGGAAGAGGUACCUGGUUGUUUUGGAUGACGUUUGGGACAUUCCAUUUUGGGAAGAUAUGAACAAUGCUCUGCCCAACAGUUAUGGCAGCCGCAUCAUGCUUACAACACGUUCUAAUGAUAUAGCUUCCCCCUCUUGCGGAGAAGCUAAUCAUAACCUCUACACUUUGAAUCCCCUGUCUUCUGAAGACUCGUGGGCUCUAUUUUGUAGAAAGGUGUUUGGGAGAAACCCCUGUCCUCCAGAAUUGGUAGAACUUUCUCGAAGUUUCUUACAAAGAUGCGAGGGGCUGCCCCUUGCAAUCGUGGCGAUUGGCGGCGUUUUGGCAACAAAGACGAAGACUUUUGAGGAAUGGAGAAAGCUUGAUAGCAGCCUCGAAUUCGGAUCACUAAGCAACAACGUGAUGAUGAAAGGGAUUAACGAUGUGCUCUCUCUUAGUUACAACCAUUUGCCUUACUAUCUCAAAAUUUGUUUCUUGUACUUGAGCAUCUUUUCCAGAAAUCAAGAAAUCGAGUGUAUGAGACUCAUUCGACUGUGGAUGGCAGAAGGAUUUGUGCAAGUCAGCCAAGGGAUGACAAUUGAAGAAGCUGCAGAGGAAUAUCUCCACCAGCUUAUCAAUAGAAGUUUGAUCCAAGUGGCGACGGCAACAGAAGAUGGAAGAUUCAAAACAUGCCGUAUCCAUAACCUUUUCUUUGAGUAUAUCAACUUCAAGAAAAGAGGAGAGAAUAUUGCAGCAAUAGCUAGCCAAGAAAACAUGAGAUGGCCGGACAAAAUUCGACGCCUAUCAAUCCACAAUACCUCGAUAGAUGUUCAACAAAGUAAGCAAUAUUUUUCUAAACUUCGUUCAUUGUUCAUGUUUGGGGUGACUGAUCCCAAAUCCAUGUCAUCAUUGCCUAAGUUGUUGAAUGGUGGUUUGAGGCUGCUCAAGGUUUUAGACAUGAGAGGUGCUUCUUUGGAAACACUUCCGAAUGAAAUUUUCCAACUGUUCCAUCUUAGGUAUCUAAGCUUGAGAGGAACCAAAGUCAAAAAGCUUUCAAGUUCCAUUGAAAACCUUCAAAAUCUACAAACUUUGGAUCUUAAAGACACCUAUGUCACUGAGUUGCCCGUUCAGAUCCAAAAACUCCGAGGACUUCGCCAUCUCCUAGCAUAUCGUUACAAUAUGGUAAAAGGUUAUCAGAAACUGAACCAUAUAAAUGGAUUUAAAGCAUUCAUUGGAAUUGGAGGUUUGUCAUCCCUACAGAAACUCUGUUAUAUUGAUGCAAGCAAUGGCAGUAUCCUUGAAGAGCUAGGGAGGCUGACCCAACUGAGGAGAUUAGGGAUUGUCCAGCUGAAAGGGGAAGAUGGGGUGGCACUGUGCUCCUCCAUUAAAACGUUGAGCAACCUUCGCUCGUUGGCUAUAAGUUCAGUAAAUGAGGACGAGAUUGUUGAUAUUCAAUCUUUGUCUUUUGAUCCUCCUCCUUUUCUUCAAAGGCUAUAUCUUCGUGGACGUUUACAGAUGUUACCACACUGGAUAGCAGAUCUUCAUAACCUGGUCAGUGUACAUUUAGAGUGGAGCAAGUUAGAAGAUGAUCUGUUGCAAUCCUUUCAAAAUUUGCCCAACCUGGUACAGGUUGAACUUCAUCAAGCUUAUGAAGGGGAAGAAUUGUGUUUCAAGUCUGGAGGAUUCCAAAAGCUAAAGACAUUACGGCUUUCUGAAUUGAACAAUUUGAGAUCGGUGCUAAUGGAGGAGAGCGCGAUGCCCUGUCUUGAAAAGCUAUAUAUUUCUAACUGUGAAUUGUUAGAGGAAGUGCCCCCAGGCAUUGAAUAUCUAAAAAAACUUAAACUGCUUGACUUGGGUGGUGUGCCUUAUCCAUUGUAUAAGAGCCUGAACCGUGAGAUGGAAGGCAAGGAUUACGAGAAAAUAGCUCAUAUCCCCAAUGUUUACAUUGAAGUUUCCAGAAGUCGGUUUCUAUAGGUUGAAGCAACUAUGAGAAAGAGGAAAGACGAAGAACUUGUCCUGACCAGGACCCUUGGGAGUGACUCAUAGCUAGUGUUGCUAAAAGGCCUCCCGGUAUCAUGCAGCAGACACAGAAGGGCUAAAGGAGGCAGAGUAUUUGAUACUUUUCACCCAGCCUUCCUUUAUAUUGAAAGUACUCUUAAAUUUGUAGAAAUUGUAAUAUUUUCUUCCUUGUUGGUGAGUGUAUUGAACUAAUUUGGCAUUUGAUGGACAUUGUAAUAUAAAACUGCUUCAUUUGUGUGUAAUAAGCUCAGUACUAUGAGAAAACAUCUUUAUGUACAUCUCUAAACAUGUGUAUUUUAUGAAUUUAGAAUAUAUAUAUAUAUAUAUC